AUGGCUCUUCAAUUCCAACCCAAAGCUUACAGUUCGCGCUCGCCGACCCGUUUUUCUCUUCCCCAAUUCACCGCCAGAACCACCACUCAUUCACCGCCGCCGCCGACUAGAAGAGCAGCUCUUUCGCUCUUCACAAUCUCCACUUUUUUGUCCGGAUUUGCAGCAUUCUUCGACGGCCGCAGCUCAAGGUUUGCAGCUCGGUCCGAACCCAGAACUUCGGAUUUCACGGAGCUCCCAAAUUCCGGUGGUGUCAAAGCUUUGGACCUUCGGAUUGGUGAUGGCGAACAGAUUCCCUCCGACGGGGACAAGGCUCAUGUGAGAGUAAUGUGGCAACUUUCCGACAAGUUUCUGGCCGGUAUUUUUGCAACUUUUGCAUAUUUUGGGAGGGAACUCUAUCAAGUUUUAUUAGAGAAGGUAAUAUUUGGAAUUGAAUCGGCCGUGAGCUCGAUGAAAGUAGGUGGCAUACGCCGAGUCAUCAUCCCUCCAUCGCAAGGAUAUCAAAAUACGUUUCAAGAGCCUAUCCCGCCCAAUAUUUUUGACAGACAGAGGCUCUUCACGACGAUAUUCAAUCCUACCCGUCUGGCAAAUGGGGAAGGUUCGACUUUAGGGACACUCAUAUUUGAUAUCGAGCUUAUCAGCGUUAGACGGCCAUGAAUUUUUCACUUUCUACACGGAGAUUUUGGCUCGAUCACACGAGUUUCGCUAGAGUUGUAUUACCAAUUUGCAUUUGUAAGUUGAGAUAAUAAGCUUAAGAAGUAAAAGCACACAGAGUUUGGAAGCAGCAUUAAGUGUAAUUGGAUUCAAAAAUACAUGAAGGGAGAAAAAACAAGAUCACUUGCUACCAUUACUAUUGAACUUCUUCAUACAAUUGUUCCACAAAUCCUUUUUUCUUAAGAGGAAAAAAUGAAAAAAAAAAUAUCUCCAUUCAAAAAGAUUGUAUAUAUUUGAGUCCACAUCUUACUUGUCAAGUGAUCAACAAUAGGAUUUUCCUCCUCUCAUAGUCCGCACAGUUGAUUUUUUUCCGAACAAAACACUCAUAUCAAAACUCGAGUUUUUUUACACACAUUCGGGUUCUUCAUCGCCACACCCAAUUUGAAUCUCACUUUCCCUCCUCCCUUCAAUAUGGACGAAUUAGACAAACGUACCCUACUGUUCGAAUCUCGAUUCGUGUCCACACUUUCCUCCCAUUUAGCUUCAUU